GAUCACAAAACACUUAUGUCAUUGCAUAUGUGUAUGUACUAGGUCAAAAAGAAUGUUUUAAAGAAAACUUCAAUAUUACAUCAUUCUGCAUGUGUUACAUUGUUCCUUAUAUUGUAUUUUGGUUGUUGUUGCUAAGGAUUACAAUAUAGAAAUCAUAAAGAUUAUCAACGAUAUUAUUGUCUUUCAAAUAACUUUUAUAAUUUUUGUUUUACGAGGUUAAAAACAUAAUAAAUUGUUUCUAUUCUGUUAAAGAAGAUUAUUUACAUUAAAAAAAAAAUCAAAUCAAAUCAUUAUGUUAAUGGAUGAUGUAAAACUUCAACAAUCUUUAACAUUUCAUGUAUCCCUUCCAUCAAUGAAUUCAUCGGAUAUGGGAAUAACAGUGGAUAAUAACAAUAAUACUACUACUAUUCAUACUACUAUUACUAAUAGUAAUGUGGAUCCAAUUUAUAUGAAUCAUAAUCAUAAUAAUAAUAAUAAUAAAGAAAAGAAUUUAUCCACUACAUCGACAAGAAUACAAUCACCAUGUUAUGGAAAUAUUAAUUCAUCAACGAAUAGUCCUAUUACUACUAGUCCAUUAGCAUUAGAUCAUUGGUCUGCUACAUUAUUAGCAGCACAAGCAUUAGUUAGAACAAAAAAAGUAUUUAUUGGUGGUGUUUCUACUGGAACUACAGCUGAUGAAUUAAAAACAUUUUUUAGUGAAUUUGGUAAAGUGGAAACAUGUGAAUUAAUGAUGGACAAAGCAACAAGUCGUCAUCGAGGUUUUGGAUUUGUUACAUUUGAAAGUGAACAAGCAGCUGAAAAAGUUUGCUCAAUUCAUUAUCAUGAAUUAAAUGGGAAAAUGGUGGAAGCGAAACGAGCUUUACCAAAAGAAGUAUUGAGUUCAAGUAAUGCUUUAGUGAAACAACGAAGUUUAUUACCUAAUGCAUUUGCUUUACCAAAUGAAGUUGAUUCGGCAGCUACAGCUGCAGCUACUAUAGCUGCAGCUGCUCUUGCAUCAAGACAACAACAACAUCAACAGCAACAACACUAUCAGAAUAUAAAUCAAAAUUUACAGAACUCAGGAUCUGCAUUUGUAUCACUUGCUUAUGCAUCAUUGAUGCCAUUCAAUCAGUUUCAAUCAUUUCCAUUAACAUCUAACAAUUAUGUUGGACAACCUUUAACUACAUCAAAUCUAACAAUGGAAUCCUCAGGUAUACAUCAUCAAAAUCUUCAUCAUUCAAAUCCUAUUGAAUUCCCAUCUGCAGCUGUAUUACCAAAUGGUCAUUCUACAACAAUGAAUAGAUUUCCACAACUUGGUAUACAAUCUGAUGUAAAUCUUCAACCUUCAUGUCCUUUAAAUUUUACUUAUAAUUCACCUACAGCCUAUAUAAAUUCUACAGGGACAUUAACAUCAGUUGGUAACUAUUUAAAUACAACCAUUCCAAAUAUUAUAAAUCUUGCACCAUCUGGAACAAUUCAAGCAUUAUUACCUAAUUUAACUUAUAAUAUUUUAACAACUUUAAAUGAUCAACGUAAUCAACCACUUCAAACGCAUCAAUCACAACAAACAAUUGGACAACAAUCAUUACAACAACAACAACAACAACAGCAGCAAAAUCAGUCAUUACCUUCUAUUCAGUUAGAUGUUGAAACAUUAAAACAACAGAUACAACUACAGAAUUGGUCAAAUAAUACACCAUAUUCACUGAUAGCAUUAAAUCAAAAGAGUUUAGGACAAAUUCAUUCACCUUCUAAUUUAUUAAAUUUUAAUCCCAAUCAAAAAAUCCCUAAUAUACAACCAAAUGAUGUAACAACAACACCAAUUCAUUUAACAGAUACAUCACCAACAAUGUGGUUACUUCCAGCGAAAAUUCCAAGAGUACACUAAUAGACAAUCCCUUCCAUUCUUUGACACCUUACUCUUCAAUAAUAAUAAUAAUACUAAUUGGCCUCAUUUAUCUACCUACCUAACUACUUCAUUCAAUAUGAUCGAUCUAAUUUCACUUCUAAUAGUCAAGUCAUUUGUUUCUCUCCUCCCCUCUCUCCCCUCUCACUCUUUCUCUCUCUCUCUCUCCCUCUCUGGAAACGUUUAAUAACCAUAAUCAUUGUAUUCUAUAUACACAUUAAUUAUACAAUUGUAAUUAUGAAUACAAACAAACAAAACAAAAAUAGACAGACCAAUACCCCCUUUUAAUAAAAUCAUUUAAUGCAUAUUACAUUUAACAAAAGAGAAAUGUAUCCUAUUUCUUUUAACUAUCCUUUCUUUCUUUUUCUUAUGUUGUUGUUGUUGUUCUUGUGAUUAUUAUCGUUAUUAUUCUCCAUUCAAUUUUUUCUCAGUUUUACAACGAAUAGUAAAAUACACACAAAAAAACAGUUUUUCUAAAACGAAAACCCAACAACAAUGAAAAGAAAAUUUUAAAAAAGAAAAUUUAAUGAUAAAAAAUAAUAAGUGUAGUCAUUUCAAUGAAUUUAAAAGAAAAAAAACGAGAGAAGAACAAAAAAGAGAAACAAAAAAGAAGAAGAAAGAAUUCAAACUACCAAUCGAAAUAAUAAAUCCAUGUUCAAUCUAUAUUUUUGUUUGUGAUUAAAAAAGAAAGAAAAAGAAAAAAAAGAAGAAGAAAAGAAAAAAGAUUCAAAUAAAAAAUUGACUAAUAUCAAGAAAAGAAACUGAAUGAAUAAAAAAAGAAAAGAAGAAAAGAAAAACCGACAAAAUAAAUAUCUUAGUAACACAUUUUUUUGUUCAUUUUUUUCUUCCUUUUUUUUUCAUUGUACAACUGCUCAAAAUGUUUCUUUUUCUUUAUUGUUUUUUUGUUUGUUUUUGUUUUAUUCAAAUAAAACAUUUAACAUUUU